AUGAAGAUCGACAGAACCAAAUCCAAGAAGAGUUCCUCCGAAGUGCCUGCGGACUGUAAAUCACUUAUCGAUAAGUUGAAGGCCUGUAAUGAAAAUGAAUUACUCGAAGAACUCAAGAAUAUCAAGUCUUGGAAUUGUGGCAAAUGCGAACUCUACCACUGGAUCGAUGUGCUCGACGUCUUCGACUCCAUAUUGGAGUCGUGUUGCCAUCGGGUCAACGAAAACCAGUGGUCACUGCCUGUCGAUGAGUCCACUAAUGAAAAGAAGAAAGAGUUGCUAAUGAAUAUCAUUAUGUUUACCGCUCUUCUCAUUGAGCACUCCUUCUCAAGACAUCUCUACAACUCAAUGGAGCACUUGAUUACGCUGUUGUCGUCGAGAGACAUGCAGGUCGUGCUCGCAGUUCUCAAUCUCCUCUACGUCUUCAGCAAGAGAUCUAAUUUUAUAUCAAGAAUUAGUACCGAAAAACGUCAGGCAUUGCUCACACGACUCACAUAUCUGGCGGAGAAUUGGGGCGGAAAGGAGAAUGGGUUCGGUUUAGCCGAAUGCUGUCAAGACUUAGCGAUGUCUGCGUUCCCAUUGAGUGCCACAACACUUCACUUCGAGUACUUCAGCGACGACUCGACCAACAAGAAGCCGAACGCACUGAAUGUGAUUCACGUCGACAGCAUCGACCAAAUCGACAAAUCGUUGGCACAAAUCAUGGAAGAGAUGAUCGAAACAUAUAAAGUUCCGACCGAUAAGCAGAUGCUUCUGUUCACUCACUUAAGACUCGCGAAGAGUUUCUCCAAUUAUAAGAAGCGCCUCCAAUGCGUUCAGGCGAGGCUUCAGGCCCUCUCCAUCAUAGUGUACUGUCAGGCGAUGUCACUGCAAGAGAACGCGACUUCGCUUUUAUAUAACGGUCUCAUUGAAGAAUUAGUCGAUGUUUUGGAGUUGAAUGACAACAAACUCAUAGAAAUAAAAGCCGCGUCUUUAAGAACUUUAACAUCAAUUAUACAUUUAGACAGGAAUUCAAAGUUGAAUGUGAUAAUAGACGUGACGGGCGCGGCUUCAUAUCACGGCUUUUUACCCGUUUUAGUCCGCAGUUGUAUUCAAGCCCUCAUCGACGGCAACACUGAACUGUUUCCCCUGCCAUUCGCGACGGCCCUCUUCUCAUUCCUCUACCAUUUGGCCAGUUAUGAGAAUGGCGGAGAAGCUUUAGUCCAGUGCGGAAUGAUGGAGUCGUUGCUGAAAGUGAUCAAUUGGAAGGGCACUGAAUCGGAGCACAUAACUUUCGUUACCCGAGCUGUCAGAGUCAUAGAUCUCAUCACAAACCUCGAUAUGACGGCCUUUCAGUCGCACUCUGGUCUCAAUGCGUUUGUCCAGCGAUUAGAGUAUGAGGUCGACAUUUGUCGCAAAGAACAACCAUUUGUUAUCGAAGUCCACACAAGAAGAGAAUCCACUGAAAUGCCAUUAAACGAGUCGACGGCUCCCUCGACCACUGGUGUGACUCCAAUGGAAGUCGAUUCCACUCAUAACGAAGUCAUUGCAAUGACCUCAACCUCCACUGUCCAACCGCUUAAAGAUAUUCAAUGUUAUCCCCAAAGAGCAGCACUUCUGAAAUCUAUGCUUAAUUUCUUGAAGAAAGCCAUUCAAGACCCGGCCUUUGCUGACGGCAUCAGACAUCUAAUGUACGGCAAUCUCCCGCGUUCUCUGCGACACAUCAUCAGUAACGCCGAGUAUUACGGGCCCUCACUAUUCCUGUUGGCCACGGAUGUCGUCACUGUCUAUGUGUUUCAGGAGCCGUCGCUACUGUCAUCGUUGCAAGAGAGUGGGCUCACAGACGUUGUGUUACACGCCCUACUCGUCAAAGAGGUCCCGGCGACGCGUGAAGUGUUAGCAUCGCUUCCCAAUGUCUUCAGCGCUCUGUGUCUUAAUAACAGAGGACUCGAAGCGUUUGUCGCGUGUAAACCGUUUGAGAGGCUCUUCAAAGUGCUUCUAUCGCCCGACUAUUUGCCGGCAAUGCGUCGCCGACGGAGUAGUGACCCGAUGGGCGACACGGCCUCUAAUCUCGGCAACGCUAUGGACGAACUCAUGAGACAUCAGCCGAGCCUUAGAACUGACGCCACUUUUGCUAUAAUUAAAUUACUCGAAGAGCUGUGCUCUUUGGGAAGUGAUCCCAAUUACGUCUGUUCUAAACCAACCGCUAAGUCAAACGAUGCUAACGGCGCCAAUGCCAACGAUAUCGGACGCACGAACAGCACCCCCGUCGGCAACGAAGUCGGCUCUUCAGAUGAAGAGGAGGAAGAGGAAGACGAGGGAACGAAUGCGGCGACAACUUUGGCCGUUAAAGCGGCCACAAGUGACGCCAAAACUCCAGUACCGCUCGUGGACUAUAUUCUCAAUGUUAUGCGUUUUGUGGACGCAAUCCUUAGUAACAACUCGACUGACGACCACUGCCGCGAAUUUGUUAAACAAAACGGUUUAUCCCCCCUUUUGAAUAUACUCCAAUUGCCUAACCUUCCCAUAGACUUCCCAAUGUCGCCGGCAUGCCUUUCAGUUGCCAGUGUCUGCAAAUCAAUUCUGAAUUUAGCGCACGAAAGACAAGUACUGACUCUGGGGUUGGACGCUCUGAACAAAGUGCUCGAAAAACUAGAUCUCCUGCACCGACCACUAGACCCCCCGGGAGGCAGUGUUCUAUUGGAAGAGCUUGUGCUGGCGUCCGGGAAUAACUCCAAUUGUGAUCCUUUCCAGUCAUCAUCGCUUACACCUCUCCUGCACUCCAUGUCCGCAGCGCACGCCUACAUCUUGAUGUUUGUUCACGUCUGUCGCACCGGACAGAGCGAUAUUCGCAACCUAUCCAUCACUCACUGGGGCUCCAAACUCGGCCUAACAGUACUUCAAGGGCUCAGUCGGCUCUACACGUCUCUCGUCUGGGAGAGCACUGUGUUGUUAGCGUUGUGUUCGGAGUCGUCGGCGAACGCCAACUGGCAGUUCGGUCGACACCAAUUGGAAAGACUUACGAGUGCUUUGAAUCUAAACGACGACAUCGAAGUGACUGAACAGACAGUGGUUAACGAUGUGAACGGCGCCGCAGCCGCUACCACCUCCUCCUCUUCCUCCAACAUGGAAGUGGACGACAGCACUGACACCACGACCACUGCCGCCGCCGUAGACAACACUAAGAAGAAGAAGAGUGCAAAUGCUUUUCAAUCAAAAAUGACAGCUCAACAGAAACAGAUAAAGCCAUUGCUUACCAGUGCUUCGCGUUUAGGUCGAGCUCUCGCCGAGCUUUUUGGUCUUCUCGUCAAAUUAUGCGUUGGAUCUCCAAUCAGACACCGGCGCAGUCAUCAUAACGUUCAAAACCAGCCGUCAGUGCCUUCCGUUUCGGCAAGAAAUGUAGCGAAAUCUUUGACGAAAUUACUCGCAAGUGGUCUUUCAUGGCAACCGCCCUCAACGUCUCCCAUCCCUAAGUUUAGGCUAACGUUUUAUAUUUGUUCGGUUGGAUUCACAUCUCCGAUGCUAUUCGACGAACGCAAACAUCCCUAUCAUCUGAUGCUUCAAAAGUUUGUGUUAUGCGGAGGACAGGACGCCUUCUUUAAUACAUUCAAGUGGGCCAUCACUCAAGACGGUAAAGUGCCUGUGGCUCAGGGCCUCGAACACCCGGAUCUCCCAGAGGGCGCCGGAGAGUUUCUGGACUCUUGGCUUAUGCUCCUCGAGAAGAUGGUUAACCCGCGAAUGGUAUUGGAUUCGCCGCACACUAUGCCUGCAAACAAAACGCCUCAAUCGACGGACUUCGAGCCCUUCAAUCCCGUGCAAUACCUCAUUAGAACACAUCGACGCGCCUUUGAAUGCAUAUCCCAUUUGUGGGACAAAAAGCCGCUGAAAGUGCACGGGGAGAGGAUGUCGGAAUCCAUUUUAGCCAUACUUUGCCAUCUCCUCAAAGGGGAGGCAAUCAUUACGGAGAAGUUGGCCAAAGAGAAAGAGACGUCCGCUUCCACUGCCAACACAACCACCACUAGUGCUUCUUCUACUACGGCUCCGACCGCUACCACUCGUACAGCCAAUACCAAUAGGACUAACGAUUUAGAGGAUCAGGGCAUCAAUUCCGACCAUUUGCAGCAACUCAUGGAUAUGGGUUUCGCUCGCGAAUUGGCUUUAGACGCUCUCCUCCAGACUAAUAGCUUAGAACAGGCCACUGAUUAUCUGCUCAGCCAUCCCGGCCCUCUCCGACAAGUGACUGGUUUGCCAUCUGAUUGGGAAAUGUCCGAAGAGGACCAAAUGAUGAGAGCCAUAGCCAUGUCGUUGGGAGAGAACAUCACAGUCAACGAUGAAGAGGGAGAGACGGCCUCAUCGAGUGAGUUAACACAAGAGGUGAAAAUGGUUAACGAAGAGCCCGUCAGUAAGGAACAGAUGGACUCCUUCACCGAUGGCAUCCUUUCCGGGUGUUUGCGACUAUUGGACACAUUGCCCGACACUGUGUAUAGAAUCUGUGAUCUACUGCUGGCUGUGGCCCAACGCAACGGAGAGAACUGGUGCUCACAAAUGAUUUGCCAUUUAUUGCACGAAAUCAAUCUGAAUGUUACGAAACUCAUCGAAAGCACGUCUUAUAUGCGAGACGCGGACAAGCGGUCGGUCACCGAAUGGGCCUCACAGGUGGCGAACAUACCCGAGGCGUCGAAAGCGGCCGCACGGAUACACCUCUUUACCCUGUUAUUCGAGGAGAUGCGGGUCCAGUGCGCCACACAGUUCUCCAAACUGGCCAUCAUUGACGAUAUGGUGGUGCUCUUGGAGAAGGCUCAGCACCUGAUGAGUCUUGUGGCCACCAAUAAGAAUACUGUGAUUACUCCCAAAUGGUUGGCGCCACUCAUACUGUUGAUUGAUUUGUACGAUAAGGCGGCCGUCUCUUCGGCCCGUAGAGCCCCUCUCCUUAAGGCAACUAAACGCCAGUGGAAGUGGUUUGACGACCGGACCGGCCGAUGGUCUGCGUAUGUCGUGGCCAACAACAAGACAAUAGACGAGGCCUACAAGAAUGGCGAACAAGUGAUUAGAUUCUCUGCCGGACGCCGAAGAUAUACCGUUCAGUUGUCGACAAUGGUUCAGAUAAACGAAGAGACGGGAAAUUGGAGACCAAUUAUGUUUGUGGUCGACGAGCAGACUAACAAACAGUCCAACGAUGAACAACAACAACAGGAAGUGCCCACCGAAUUGUCCGACAAAAUGGUUUCGGCACUCGAGCCCAGACACUGUCACUCAUUGAUAGGAACUCUUGUGGGACUCAUCAACAUUCCGGUCGAAGCGGACACACUUCACGCCGUUAUGCGUCUGUGUCUGCGACUGACGCGUAACUAUGAAGUGGCGGCGCUUUUCGCCGAAGCGGGAGGGGUUCGGGCUAUUCUGCAGCUGACACAGGCGUCGGCAUUCACUGGCUUUACAUCGUUGGCCACUCUUAUCAUUCGACACGUUCUCGAAGAGCCCAACACUUUGCGGCAGACGAUGGAGAAAGUGAUUCGUAUGCAAACACAUCACUCGCCGCUCGCCUGUCGUGAAAUGCAUUACAUUAUGCGAGUGUUGGGUCCGGCGGCCUGUCGUGACGGCAAGCUCUUCACCGAAAUGACCAAAUCUGUGCUUCGAAUUAAUUUAAUACCUCUCAGUAAGCGCGAGGAAGAAGAUCCCCGCGCUUUGACCUCCAGUUCCACACAAUUUCUCAAAGUAUUGCCCGGAAAACUGCAAACCUCUGAAUCAAGCGCAGCGCCCGUUAACAUCACUCGGGAAGUAAUCUGUGAUCUAUUGAACGCUUUGGCGGUUAAGACUGUCACUAAUACUCCGGAAGAAAGUUCCUCCACCACUACGGGCCGGUUCCCCACCGGUAUUGUUCGUGUGAUGUCCUCAUCAGAUAUGUUGCAAAACGACGACAACGACGAGACGUCCAACGAUGACACGAACGCCGCCACAGAGACGCCCAAAGUGGUGACGCCCGCCGGCGCUGACGAAGACCUGAAUAACAAGAAGAACCGAAUUCUUUUGACACAAUCACUCAUUUUGAGACUUUUGGCAGAAUUGACGCGUUCUUACAAUUUAGUGGCCAAAGCUGUCUGCGAUCACAUCUACACUAGCGGUCAAUCGGAACUAAUAGGCGAAGAGUGCACUGCUUUGUCAUUCAUUUUAGACAACUUACUGCCGCCCACACAGACUAUCGGCGAUCGCGACUGUCCGGCCCUAUCGCGCGUACUGUUCGCAGCGCUCGCGUCGGCCACACACUCGCCAGAAGUGCAGCAAAGCUUAGUGAACGAAGUGAAGUCCGCUCUCCACCGGACACUCAUCCUAAGCGAGUCCAACGAGAAGCACGCGCGCAUACAGGCGCUCACUUCGCUCAUCAGCACAAUGAUAGAGUCGUGUCCGGCGCCCACCACUGCCUCCUCUAACCAACAAAAUGCUCAGAACUCUAUUCGCAGCCAAACCAGUCUAAUGAACGGUAUUGUGAAGAACUUAUUGCGCAGAGGACUGGUGACAGACUUGGCUCGUGUGACCCAUUCGCUGGAUCUGUCGUCACCUAAUAUGGCGCAGACAGUGAACGCCACACUCAAGCCGUUGGAGACUCUGUCCCGGAUUGUGAACAUUCCGCCGCAGAUUCCCCUCAAGACCGGUAAACCCCUCUACAAACCGGAACAGACGGUCACAAACACUGAGGCAAUGGAAGAGGAUGUGGCGACCACUUUAAACAACUCCCAAACCGUCACGUUUUCAGUACAGCCCUCAGACGCCAACCAAGCGAUCAUUGAAUCUCCCGUUCACACCAAUGACAACACAUUCGCCGACCUUCAGAACGAAACCAACACUUCUGACGCCAAUGCCUUCGUAUCCACUGCCGUUGCGGUCGAUGACAACGCAGACAACGAUAACGAGGCCUAUGUCUUAGAGAGCACUCUCCACUCUAUUGCCGAUCAUUGGCGACGAACACGCGAACGGCACCGACAACACACAGCCUACUGUUCCGCCCGCACCCGGAAAUGUUUCCAUAUACCGACGUCUGUCCUUCACGUGAACGACAGACUCUCCACUCUAUUGCCGAUCAUUGGCGACGAACACGCAAACGGCACCGACAACACACAGCCUACUGUUCCGCCCGCACCCGGAAAUGUUUCCAUAUCUCAUCCAUUGCUCGUAAGACAUGGCGAUAAUGGCGGUGUGUCAGCCCUUUCACACACCGCCACGUCUACGGCAACGGCAGCCGGUAUUCUAGCCAAUCGUUCCCAUAGGAGCGGACGGCAGAGAAUAUAUAGGCCAUCGUUGGGCGCGAGCGCCGCUAAUCACCACAGUUGGCACAUCCCGGCCGGCACUAGACAUCCCAACCCACCGGCAAUUCUACAGAGACUGUUGGGCCCCAACACCGCUCAAGACAUUCUACAGCUCACCAAUACGACCGGUUUGGGCGCUGGUUCAGCGCCGGCGCAAGUGAUACUCACCAGCAAUGACUUCCACAUUCUGGCCACUGAUGACGAGUUGUUUGAAUUGCAAAAUCCAAACACAUUUAUGUCGGGAAACGCGAGCUCUACGUUGGGUUCAGUGCCGUCAGCUAUGCUUCGCUGGACCGAAGAGUCCCGCGUAUUGGACGGCGACUCUCUUCACGACUGCGUUUCACUCAUCAAAAAAGAUAUAAUCGAUUGUCUGGAGAAACAUCGCGACGAAGAGUUAACCGAACGGCGAGAGAAGAAGAAGAAAGAGGACGAAGCGAAGCGCGCCGCUGAAGAGGAGGCGGCCGCCAAGACCAGCGCCGAACCGAAGCCGACGUCUGAGACGGAACAGGUGAACACCAGUACCGAGAAGUUGGCCGCUUCUCUGGUGGAACAGGUGUUGGGACCCGUUCUCAGCACUCCCUCCUCUGCCAACAAACCAGACGAGGAGGAGGUUCGCACAACGCCUCCCAUCUCUAUGGAUGUGACCGAAACGCCAACGAAUGGCGAUUUCAAUAGCAUUCAAACCGACAACGAAGUGACGGAAAUGGUUUGCAAUGAGGCGCAGCUCAUCCCCGAAAUGCCAGAAAUGCAUGUCAUUCCCGAACGCAUCGAAAUGGAAGUCAAUCACUCGGAUACCACUCCACAAAACUCGACGCCUUCCGAACCACCGCCACCUGUGCCGCCAUUGUCUUUGAUCUACUCUAACGACAUGCCGGCGCAGCCCACAGAAGACAACUCUAACAGACCUCCCCCUCCCGUCCGGUGCGAAAGCGAUGAAAUAGGAAACGCCAUAACACCUGAGGAUCUGUCGACCAUUACGAACACCAGUAGCGAAGGUCUGAACGUUGGCACUAAUGACGAGCCGCCCACCGAUUUGACGAACAAUACUCUUAUCGGUGUGACGACAACACCAGAGGCCGAGUCUGUGGUUGAGGUGCAGACCAACGAAGAGCCGAUCACUCCGAACAACAACGCGACGAAUGCGACAAACAAUCAAAUCUCAGCCGAAGUGUCGCAUAUAUUUGGCGAACAAGAAAUCCCCGAAGGAGUGGACCCUUCAUUCCUGGCGGCUCUGCCCGAAAACAUCAGGCAAGAGGUGAUCGCAGAGCACUUGCGGUUACAACGACUCCAACAGCAGAGGUCCACACCUAACGCGCCGACCACUCAGGCUAGCAGUAGUGCGCCGACCAAUACGUUCACUGAAGUGAACCCCGAAUUUCUGGCCGCUUUACCGCUCAAUAUUCAGGAAGAAGUGUUGGCUCAACAGCGCGCCGAACAGCAGCGCAUUGCCUCUCAAACUGCGAAUCCCGAGACACCGGUAGACGCUGGAAGUUUUAUACUGACACUACCGCCCAGUCUACGGCGACAAGUGUUGGCCGAUAUGGACGACAGCCAACUCGCGUUACUGCCGCCAGAAGUGGCGACUGAGGCGCAGGCGCUGAGGCAAGAGCUGGAGGCCAGACACCGACAAAUACAGGAGCGCUUCUUCUCGAGUCACGCGGGAACAGCCCUCUCACGCAUUCUCCGCACUGCAGCAACAGGUCGUAUGGGAGGCACUCGUUAUACCAUUCAUACCGUACCGCCUGGUUCGUGGCCCUGGAAUAUCAGCGGCGGCCGCUCGGGAACGGGUGGCAGUAAUCUGAACGCCAGCUCAAGCGUGAACGCACACAGACCUACAUUUACCAGCAGUCGGUUUAGAGGGAGACAACUGUUGGACAACGAAGCGCUCUCUUGUCUGUUGAUCCUUCUGUUCGUCGAAGAGCCCAAACUCAACACAAUUCGAUUGCAUAGAGUUCUUCGGAACCUGUGUUACCACAUCCCGACCCGACAAUGGGUCACACAGUCAUUGCUGGCCAUUAUGGAGAAGACGAAAGAGAUGAAGGAUUUGAGCGAAACGAGGCCUCGAAAGGGCAGUACUGCCGGCGCCACACAGAAUCACAAGACCGCCACCCACUCGACCGCCUCCUGGCUCUCCAUUAGUCUGGACGCUGCGCUCGGCUGUCGAACAAACGUAUUCCAAGUGCACAGAAGUGGCACCGGUAGUGCCAAAAAGAGCGCCGCAUGUUCUGUCAACGUCAACACCAUCACCAUUCAUCCUCAGGCAUCACCACUGGUCUGUCGCCACGUUCUCGACACACUCAUAGCACUGGCCAAGUCCUUCCCCAACCACUUCCUGCCCGACGCUCAUCAGCCGACAAUCAAAGGAGAGGACCCGUCGCUGUCGAACUCGCAGACGCCAUCCACGCCCUCAGGACCAACCAAAGGGCCCACAGAUUUUUGGGACGUUUUAGUAAAAUUGGAUUCAAUUAGUUCAGCCACAGGACUGUCUACUCCAAACUCAUCCCAAAUUCAGGACUCGGAAGCGGGCGCUCAAAACGUUGAACCGUCUCCGAUGUCAAACAUCAUUAGUUUACUCUCACACCCAGUGAUCAAAAGAAGUUCAAUGCUUACGGACAGGUUAUUGCGUCUGUUGGCACUGAUAUCCCUCGCCCUACCGGCCACUGAGCCGCCAUCGCACGCGUCGUCAACGUUGGCUCCUGUGGCCACUUCGACACCCGUUACUGAAGUGUCCGUUACGUUAGAGACCGCCGAACCGCAAAUGAGUGAAAGUCACGCGCCUUCUGGUGAUAGCAAUGAAGGCAAAAGUGAUGCCAAUUGUGAUAAAAAGCCAACAGUUUCUGUCAAUACCGGCGAUGGAUCUCAAGAAAAGACCGAAAAGAUAAUAGCUUCCGGAGAACAGCUCAAACUUGCCGUCGAUGUCCUCACCUCUAAGUCAUGUUCUGAAGAGGGCUUAGAAGACGCGACGGCUCUACUGUUGAGACUAUCGCGCAGUUGUUUAGCCACCCGUUCCGUUGUUCUCCGGCUUCUACUGAAUGGCGCACAAGAGUUGGGAUCUGUUGUCUGUCAGCACAUAAGCUCUUUAGUGACAGAACUGAAAGCUUUGAACGCAAACAAUCCCGAAGCGACGACUAGUGAUUCGGACGCUCAGAGCCCGGAGAAGAUGAGCAAAGGUAUGAUUCACGACAGGUUUACCAACACUCCGGUCGUGAUAACGGCGCCCUCUAAUGUCAAACAUAAUAUCGCCGCCCGAGAGGUUCAGUUGCCGUCGAUGUCGGCCCUAACGGCCAAAGCCUCGAGUCAAUCGUUUUUCCUACGAAUCCUUAAAGUUAUCAUUCAAUUGAGAGAUUCGAUUCGACUCCAGAAGAAUAAGCGCAACGACGGAGUGUCUGCAAUGGAAGUGGACGGACAGGACGACAGUCUCAGCAAUGAACUACAUCUGGACGAUCUCUGGCAGACACUCAGCGCCUGUCUCUUAGAGUUGGCCGACACACCCGAUCAUCACGCGGUGUUGGUCUUACAGCCGGCAGUGGAGGCCUUCUUCCUCGUUCACGCGGCCGAGAAGGAGCCCAACCGUCGCCGAGACAACCGAAACGAGACCCGCGACCAACAGUUGGCGCACAUUACCAGAGAUAUCGCUCCCCUCUCGCCGGCACCCGAGGGAGCGGCCGGUGACUCUCAACCCGUCGUUAACCUCCCGAUUGACACUCAAAAGUUCCUAACGUUCGCCGAAACGCAUCGAAUAGUUUUGAAUCAAAUCCUCCGCCAAUCGUCGACACCGUUAGCCGACGGACCCUUCUCUGUACUCGUAGACCACACCCGAGUG